AUGUUGUUGUACAGUUCGACCGAGCUUGGAGUCUACGUUGCAUAUCAGCACCGGUUCUUCCCUAUCGAGUUUAUCGACAGUUCCCUUCUUUCUGCUGCAGUCGCGAUUAUACCCGUGACGAGCAAUGUUCGUGGGCUUGAGCAUCCAAUAUGGGUGGUGCACUCAUUUGAUCGUGUAAGUCCGAUUUUCAUACAAACAUUUUGCGAUUGA